GCGCACAUUUUGUCCCUCAUUACUUGAAGGCGCUGGUGCUAGUGCGUCUAGUUUCAGAGGGCACUGUUUCGUUGAUCCACUGACACGAUUAUUCUUUAGAACAGCAUGCGCAAAAGGGUUUUGCGUCAUUUAUUCUGGCGAACAAAUAAGCUUUUACCUCUGGGAUUAGUGUGUUUUGGACUUCUGCUCAUUUUGUGGAUAAACAUAGAUAAACUUGACCGUGGUAAAUUGCCUGCAGAUUCCGCCUAUUUACCUCGUCAAAAAUAUGUAAAAAGUAAUCAAAUCUUAGCACGUCCACCAAGUCAUAAGGAACUAGAAGAUCAACAUAAGUCUCAAAAGAAUAAUUCGCUUAUUGGGAAUCAUCCUAACAUACCUGAUAUUCCGAACGCUCGUCCACAUCCUCCAAUUGACAAUGAUUUGGGUCAUGAGAAUGCGAAACGUCUAUCUGUCGAUGAACUUGAUGAGGAUCAUAUACCUGAUAUUGUGCCGCCUGUUGAUGAGGAAGAUAAUGUUCUUGUGCGACCUGACUAUAAGGAAAAGUCCAAAAUUAUGGGCAGUAAAGAACCUGUUGAAAGCAGUCGUUCACAUAAGCUCUCAGCUAUUGACAAGUUAGGCUUAUCUCCUAGUACUCCUCCUCCAAAAAGCGACGAAUACUCAACAGGUCCAGGUGAAGGUGGUAAAGCAUAUACAAUAAAGCGUGAAGACUUAUCACCAGCUGAACAGAUAAUAUUCGACAAGGGUUGGGAGGAUAAUGCCUAUAAUCAGUAUGCUAGCGAUCGAAUUAGUGUGAGACGAUAUUUACCAGACUAUAGAGAAGGAACGUGUAAAGUCGAUAAAUAUGGAAGUAACCUGCCUUCAGCAUCAAUUAUAAUUUGUUUUCAUAAUGAAGCUUGGUCUGUAUUAUUACGUUCAGUACAUUCAGUGAUAGAUCGAUCUCCACCAAAUUUGUUACAUGAAAUUAUACUUGUUGAUGAUUUCUCUGAUCGUCCUCAUCUCAAAGAAGCAUUAGAAGAAUAUAUGGGAAUGUUAAAUAUUGUCAAAAUUGUUCGUACCAAACAACGUGAAGGAUUGAUUAGAGCAAGAAUGAUUGGAGCAGAACAUAGUACUGGGAAAGUGCUCGUAUUUCUAGAUUCGCACAUUGAAUGUACCACAGGUUGGCUUGAACCCCUUUUAGAUCGUAUUGCUUACAAUUCGUCAAUUGUUGUUGUUCCCGUAAUAUCGACUAUAAAUGAUAAAACGUUGAAAAUGAAUUUUCUUAAGGCAGAUAAUGUUCAAGUUGGUGGAUUUGAUUGGAGUUUAACAUUCCGAUGGCAUGAACAAACUGAACGAGACAGAAAUCGACCCGGUGCACCAUAUUCACCUAUUAGAUCACCUACCAUGGCUGGUGGUUUAUUCGCUAUAAGUCGUGAGUAUUUUAGUCAUCUUGGAAAGUAUGAUUCUGGUAUGGAAAUAUGGGGAGGUGAAAAUUUGGAACUGUCAUUCAAAGUUUGGAUGUGUGGUGGUAUUUUAGAAACUGUAGUCUGCAGUCUUGUUGGACAUAUUUUUCGUGGUCGUUCACCAUACAAAUGGAAUGUUAAUGUAAAAGAUCCUCUGAAAAGAAAUCUACUACGUUUGGCUGAUGUUUGGCUUGAUGAUUAUAAACGAUUUUAUUAUGCGCGUAUUGGAUUUAAAACUAUUGAUUUUGGGGAUGUUUCAGAACGCAAAGCCUUACGAGAAAAACUGAAAUGUCGCUCAUUUGAUUGGUAUUUAACUAAUAUUUAUCCUGAAUUAUUUAUUCCUUCGAAAGCUUUAGCUUCUGGUGAUAUUGAAAGUGCUGCUGGUCCACAUUGUUUAGAUUCACCGACUCCUCGUAAUGGAGAUAAAAAACGAACUGUUAUCAAAAUAUGGCCAUGUCAUAAACAAGGUGGCAAUCAAUUUUGGUUACUAUCACCUAACAAUGAAAUUCGACGUGAUGAAUAUUGUUUUGAUUCUGGCAUGAAAAACCAUACCAUUGGUUUGUAUCGUUGUCAUGGUGCGAAGGGUAAUCAAAAGUUUACUUAUGGCGAAGUACGUUCUUCUUCUUAUUUGUAGUAAAUAUUAUUUCCAUUUGUAAAAAUGUCAUAUUAAUUAUAGAUAAAUUUACUAGAGAAGAAUAUGUCUAAUUGUUUCGUUUAGACUCAAUUGGCCCUAACAUUUGAUGAAAUCUCCUUACCAUGACCCAUUAAUGGGUCAUACUAUACCGUCUUCAACUAAUACAAAUAACCAUAGAAUAACCUAUUCACAUGACCAUUACAAGUUCCUCAUGAAGCAUAGAUAAGAAUUUAUGACUCAAUUCUUCUAACCACCAUUUGCAGGAUUUCAGAUGCAGAUGACAAUCAACAGUAUUUUCUACUGUUAAGCGAUCGCGCGCGAGACAAAGGUUCUGGGUUUGAGUCAUAUGCGUGGGAUCGUAGAUUCACACUGCUGAGGAAUCCCAUACUAGAACGAAACAAUCAUUCAGUGCUUUGAAGAUUUCAUUGGUGAUGUUUAUCUUAAAUCGACACAUGAAUUCAGCCAUUACAUUUACUUGAUUUCUGUGGAUAACGGUCAGUGUAGCACUAGUCGAUGAGUUGAAUUAAUUGAUCCAACUGUAUGUUACUGUUGCGUGAAAUAGUUUCAGUUUAUUCUUGUCUAUAAAUAUGACUUGGUGAUAAGUACCAGAAAAUUCAAAUUUUUCAACAGAGUGUGCUAAUAUAUCAAACUUGUGAACUGAGCUCUAAAGCUUAUAGUUAUCGUUUGAUCUCAAGUAAAGAUUAGACAACAUAGAGUGGUGUAUGCUACUUAUGUUGACAAAUAUAAGUAGUAUGUAACACCGAUCAAAAAUGGAAUUCUUGUUCAUUACAGCAGUAUACUACUUAUUUUCUAAUGAUGACCAAUUGUUUUGUAGUGGUUUCUUUUGAGUUUUGAAAUAAAUAUCCAGUGACAUGGUUCGGAAUCGGUGUCUCUUGCCUUUAGUUAUUUAUUCUUUACCUGAUGUAUAUAUUUUGUCUCACGUAAUUUUAAUGUAUGUAAGGAAUUGGUAGGCGUAUUUAUGUUUUAAAAAUCAAAGUUGCAUUGGUAAUGUUACUUUUGCUUUAUCAAAUCAUUCACUUAUUUCGGACAGUUUUCACAACCUUUGAUUAUUUUCAUUAUCAUGGAUAUUUUAACCGGUUGGUUUUGUUUUUUUCAUCUGUCCUACAUCCUUUUUGCUGAUUGAAUCACUUCGUUUACUAAUCAAGGUUCUAUUUUGUUUAUUAUUACCUAUUUAAAAUUAUCCGAAAUUUAAAAACCGUUUUCUGCAGAUGUUUAGUUACAGUUAUUAUAAUUCAAAUAAAGGUAAAACCAACAAUUUGUUUAAUAAAAGAAUAAAUAACAAAUCCAGGAGUUCUAGUGAGAAGCAGUGACCAGUGGACUUCAAACCACGUCUGUUGUGAGAUAUUAACUCACUGAAGACAAUUGGUGAACGGUUGCUCAACGUCGUGGAUCAGUUGAAGUUAGACAUUAACAACGUUGGAUGCCGGCUCAGUGGUCUGGCGCGAGACUGGUAGGUCCUGUGUUCGAAUCUCGCGAGUGCGUGAUCGUGGAUGAGCACUGCUGAGGAAUCCCAUAAUAGGACGAAACAACCGUACAGUGUUUCCAGGUUUUCUUUGGUGGUCUAGCUUCAAUUGAAUCAUGAAUUCAACUGUCAAUAAAUGUUUCUUAAACUACUUUCUUUUUUUUACAGGAUGAUACUAUUCGUCAUCAGGGACAGUGUUUAGAGAUCAAUAUUGACCAAUCCAGUGUUCACCUUACUACAUGUACUGGAUCAUUAAAACAACAAUGGAAAUUUAAUCGUAAACCGUAUAUGCCAACCGCUAACGAUUUUAAUCGAUUUUAAUAUUAACUUGAAUAGAUUGGAAUAAUUACAAAUCUCUUAUUUGUCUUAUUUCCUAUUCAACUACUUAAUGUGUAUAUAUCUAUUAAAUAUGUAUUUGUACUAACAAGAGAAAAACAACAACACCACCAACAACAAUGUCUUUCCUUCGAUGUAGAAUCGGAAUAGAGAAGAAAGUACACAAAUAUUGUAUUAUGCUAUCAAUUUCUUUUUCUUUUUUUUGUGUGUGUUUUCAAGAUCCGUAUCUAUAUACAUAUGUAAACAAACGAUGUGUAAAUUGGUCAAGCCUAGUGAUAACAUAUCAUUCUUAUUAUCUGUGAUAACAGUUACGUAAUAUAAAUAGGUGAAAAUCUACAAUCAUUAUA